GCCUUUUCUAACAUCAACCAUCUCAGUUACUUUCCUGCACUGCAAGCCUAAUGCACUGGGUAAAAUGUUUACUAAGAGAUCUCAGAACUUACUUCAAAACAAUAUGGAUAUUUCUGGCACCGCUACUACUACUUCCUUUGGCCUUGCUCACUGGAAGAGAAGGAAAAUGUGCGUACUGUAUUCUCGUGAUGUCAUGCUACUGGGUAGCUGAAGUGGUACCACUAGCAGUGACAGCACUUUUGCCUGUAGUAAUUAUGCCAAUGCUUGGCGUGGUGCCUAUCAAAAAAGUUGCAAGAGCUUAUCUUAGUGAGACAAAUAUGAUGUUCAUCAGCAGUUUGAUGCUAUCAUUAGCCGUAGAAGAAAGCCAAUUGCAUAAACGAUUUGCUUUGAAAAUGCUUACUCUUGUUGGAGCAAGACCUCAGUGGUUGCUGGCUGGGUUCAUGAUUAUAACGACGUUUGUAUCUUUGUGGAUAUCAGACACAGCUUGUGCAGCAUUGAUGACACCGAUAGCUUUUGCACUUUUGGAAUCGAUGAUGAUUGAUAAGAUGACACCUCCAAAAAAUCAGUCAAGCUAUGCGAAUGGUUUAGCAUCGCAAGACAAUGAUGAUCAGGAAGUCAUACACAAGCCAGAAAGAUUGGAUUUUUCAAGAUUGUCCAAGAAAGACCGCGGUAUUUGUAAAAGUCUGAUGCUCAUUGUUGCUCAUGCAUCUCUGAUUGGUGGCACUGGCACGCUCAACUCAACAGCACCGAAUCUCAUCUUCAAAUCUACUCUUUCCGAAUAUUUUCCCGAAGAAGACACGGGUAUCAGCUACCUGUCAUGGAUGGCUUUUGCAAUACCUCCGAUGAUCCUUUGCAUGACAGCAUCAUGGUUGAUUACUCAGCUACAAUUUGUCGGAUUUCGCCAUGUCUUGAGAGUAUUCGCUAAGCCAACCGAUGAAGAAGAAAUUGAUGAAAAGCACGUAAAGAAAGCAGUAGAUACUGCAUACAUUGAACUUGGCAACAUAACUUUUGCUGAAAUUUCAACGCUAACUAUAUUCAUGUUGACAAUUUUAUCGUGGAUAACAAGAGAUCCCAAACUAUUUGACGGAUGGGCAGCACUUUUCAAACAAGGGUACGUCACGGAUGCUUGUACUGGAAUAUUUGCUGUAUUUAUAUUAUUCGUAUGGCCGAGAGAAUUGCCCGACUUUUUUCUUCUUCGACCCAAAUCUGAACGCAGUCGUCCAUCUACAAAACGUGAGGCAAUUCUGACCUGGGACGCAGUAAGGCAACGAUUUCCGUGGUCUGUCAUUUUGCUUCUUGGGUCC